AUGCAUCCAUCCGGGGAAUCAUCCGAGGGCCAGCGCAGCUGGUACAGGCGGUAUCACUUUGACUCGGAGGUCAGACAGAAGAGGAACGUUCAGAUGGAGGUUACGUCGCCGGACGACAGCUUCAAUACGAAUACUACUGUUGAUAUCGAGCCUGUUGAUUCUGGGGCUGGGUUGUUGGAUAGGGAGAUUGCCCAGAAUGGGUCUACUGUAGGGGAGAAGCCGAAAUGA